AAUCGCACAAGUAAGUAAACUGUCAAUUUUCUAUUAAAAUAUUUAACUUUCAAUUCUUUCGGCAAAUCCGAUUAAAUUACAAAUUUUUAUCCAAAUAAAUCGUUACAAAAAAAUAAAAUACAAUGGAGGUUAAUGUGAAGAUAAUAGUAAAGUGGGGUGGAAAAGAAUACGAUGUAGAGGUCUGCGAAAACGAUUCAAUAUCCGAUUUGAAGAAUUGCAUUCACAAACACACUGGUGUUAGACCUGAUAGACAAAAAUUGUUGAAUUUGAAACACAAGGGGAAGCCUCCCGGAGAUGACUGUAGGAUAUCACACUUAAAUUUAAAACCUGGAUUUAAAUUAAUGAUGAUGGGGUCUUUGGAAGCCGACAUAGAAGAUGUGAAUAAAGCUCCAGAAGGCAUGUCCGAAGUUGUUAAUGACUUGGAUAUUGAAGACGAAGAGGUUGCCAUUGAGAAUCAGGAAGUAUACCUGGCUAAAGUUCAGAAAAGAAUUAAAGAUUAUAACAUUAACAUGAUUAAUCAACCUAGAAAUGGGAAAAAACUGCUUGUUUUAGAUAUUGAUUAUACAUUAUUUGAUCAUAAAUCUUCUGCUGAAACAGGAGCUGAAUUAAUGAGACCUUAUUUACACGAAUUUUUAACUGCAGCUUAUGAUGAUUAUGACAUAGUAAUUUGGUCCGCAACUGGAAUGAAAUGGAUCGAGGAGAAAAUGAAACUUUUAGGAGUGACAUCAAACACAAACUAUAAAAUUAUGUUUUAUUUAGACUCACUUGCUAUGAUAUCAGUCCAUAUUCCAAAAUAUGGAGUGUUAAAUGUAAAACCUUUGGGAGUUAUUUGGGGAAAAUUUGACCAAUACAACAGCAAAAACACCAUUAUGUUUGAUGAUGUUAGAAGAAAUUUCAUUAUGAAUCCUAAAAACGGACUAAAGAUUCGUCCGUUUAGACAGGCCCAUUUAAACAGAGAUAAAGAUAAGGAACUAUUGAAUUUAACAAGGUAUUUAAAGGAUCUUGCUGCGCAUUGUAAUGACUUCACCUGUGUUAACCAUAGGCAUUGGGAAAAGUAUAAACCUAAAAAGAGGAGUGACUGAUUAUUUAAUUUAGUUUUUAAUGGAAUUUUGUAGCAUUUUAAGCUAAUAAAUUUAUUUAAGAUAUCCUCUUCUCAAU